CAAGGAAAAAGCCUGUAAAAGAAAAGGAACCGACAUGCUUCCGCUCCUCUCGCCGCUUCUGCUGCUCCUCGCAUCCGUCGCCCCCUCGCACCUCUUCGCCUGCUCGGCGGGAGCCGCACCCAACCGGUCAGGUGCGGCGGCGGAAGCCGGGAAGCUGAUCUUCAUACUGGCCGGGCAGAGUAACAUGGCCGGGCGGGGCGGCGUCACUGGCGACCGGUGGAACCGCGUGGUCCCGCCGGAGUGCCGGCCGAGCCCAGCGAUCCUCCGGCUGAACGCAGGCCUACGGUGGGAGGAGGCGCGGGAGCCCCUCCACGCCGACAUCGACGUGCUCAAGACCUGCGGUGUGGGGCCCAGCAUGGCCUUCGCCCACGAGAUCCUGCCCUCCGCCGCCGCUCCGGCGGUGGUGGGCCUGGUGCCGUGCGCCAUAGGCGGCACCAAGAUAACCCAGUGGGGCCGGGGGACGCCGCUGUACGGGGAGAUGGUGCGGCGGGCGAGGGCGGCCGGUGGCGGCGGCGGCCGGAUGGGGGGGGUGCUGUGGUACCAGGGUGAGAGCGAUACCGUGUCCCGCGCCGACGCGGAGGCGUACAUGGGGAGAAUGGAGAAACUGAUACGAGAUCUGCGGUCCGAUCUCGGGCUGCCAGGGCUCCUCGUGAUCCAGGUUGCUCUUGCAUCAGGAGAGGGAAACUACACAGACAUAGUAAGGCAGGCUCAGAAGGGAAUCAGACUUCCUAAUGUUGCGUGUGUCGAUGCCAAGGGGUUGGCACUUAAUACCGAUCACCUGCACCUCACCACGCAAGCUCAAGUUCAGCUUGGUAAACUAUUGGCUACAUCCUAUUUAAAUCAUUCUAAAACAGACACCACCUCUAGGGUGUCAUUUAUUUCGAUCCAUAUCUAAAUUGAUAAUGAAAAAAAAUAUUGAAAUAAAGCACGAUUUCACCACAGAACUUUAAACAUGAUUUUGAUAGCCAGCCAGCUGCUUGGCCUACUUUUGUGUUCUCAAUAUACUCAUUUUUUACCAAUGAAAAAUGAUUACAUUAUAAAAAAAUAAA